GAAAAGAAAGAAAAUAUAAAUAUUAAACAAAGAAAUAAUGCGGGCAAAAAGGGUGAGAGAAAAAAAAGAAAAAAAACUAAAUCGAAAGAGGGGGAAAAAGGAGGAGGAGAUGGAAUCACAUGGGCAUUAGUUUGCUGUCUCUCCCCUGGGUCCUCCCUCCUCUUCUCUUCUUCUAAUUAUUGUUCUUCUUGUUCUUUAUCAUCAUUUUCCCUUUUUUUCUUCUAUCGCAACACCAUGAUCUUCCGUUACUCUUUCCCCAAUUAGAUCUUUGUUUUCUCUCUUUUCUUGGUUUCUUUUUUUUUUUUUUAUCGGUUGCUCGUCAUGGCCGAGGAAAUGUCUGCCCCUGUUGUCGAUGGGAACGAUCCAGUCACCGGUCACAUCAUUUCCACAACGAUUGGAGGCAAAAAUGGAGAACCUAAACAAACCAUCAGUUAUAUGGCAGAGCGUGUUGUGGGGACUGGAUCUUUUGGGAUUGUUUUCCAGGCAAAAUGCUUGGAAACGAGAGAGACCGUGGCUAUAAAGAAGGUUUUGCAAGACAGAAGAUAUAAGAACCGUGAACUGCAAUUGAUGCGUGUGCUGGAUCAUCCUAAUGUGAUUUCCUUGAAGCAUUGUUUCUUUUCUACCACAACUCAGAAUGAGCUUUUCCUUAACUUGGUUAUGGAAUAUGUACCGGAGAGCAUGUAUAGGGUUUUGAACCAUUACAGCAGUGCAAAUCAAAGAAUGCCACUUAUCUAUGUGAAACUUUACACUUACCAGAUAUUUAGGGGGCUUGCAUACCUCCAUGGUGUUGUUGGAGUUUGCCAUAGGGAUUUGAAGCCUCAAAAUCUUUUGGUUGAUCCUCUGACUCACCAGGUUAAGAUUUGUGAUUUUGGAAGCGCAAAAGUGCUUGUCAAAGGUGAAGCUAACAUUUCAUACAUAUGUUCGCGUUUCUAUCGGGCUCCAGAACUUAUCUUUGGUGCCACUGAAUACACAACCUCAAUUGAUAUCUGGUCAGCUGGUUGUGUUCUUGCUGAACUUUUGCUUGGCCAGCCAUUGUUUCCUGGAGAGAAUGCUGUGGACCAGCUUGUAGAGAUUAUCAAAGUCCUAGGUACACCCACCAGGGAAGAAAUACGCUGCAUGAAUCCCAAUUACACGGAUUUUAGGUUUCCACAGAUUAAAGCGCAUCCAUGGCAUAAGGUUUUUCACAAAAGGAUGCCUCCCGAAGCAAUUGAUCUUGCUUCACGACUGCUGCAAUACUCACCAAGUCUUCGCUGUACAGCACUUGAAGCAUGUGCACAUCCCUUCUUUGAUGAGCUUCGAGAACCUAAUGCUCGCCUACCAAAUGGGCGACCUUUACCACUACUUUUCAACUUUAAACAGGAAUUAUCUGUGGCCUCACCGGAGCUUAUUAAUAAGUUGAUUCCAGAUCAUGUGAAACGGCAAAUAGGGCUACCACAUUUCAUGCAUCCAGCUGGGACAUAAAAUUGUAAAAGUGAUGUAAGAUUUGUUAUCUCCUAGUUGAUGCGUAACACAGAGGAAGUACUAUCUUCGAUAACCACCAUUGAUUGAGGCCUGUCCAGCAUUAUUUUCUCCUCUUCCACGACGCGAACAAUCUGUGGCAGCUGGGUGGCUGCCUUCUCUCGAUGUUUCUACUUUAAUUCUGCCUCUCUUCUUUAUUCCAUGAGUUUUACUUUUUGUCAAAAUGCCUUUUUUGUCAUGUACAUGUAACAUGUUUGAUAGUAAAAGAUAGAGACUAAGGUGGACAGACCAGAAAGCUGCUAGUGGGGGAAAAGUUGAGAAGUGUAUUUGUUGCUAGGAAGGUCCCGGAUAGAAGUGGCCCGAAGAUAAGGGAUGGGCUAGUUGUUUUUUGGGUUUGGUUUUGUUCUUUGUUUUUAGUUAUUAUGGUGGUUUGUGGUGGCUGACUUCAAAUUUCAGACAAUUAUUGUAACUGUUUGUGCAAAGUAAUGUUUUUACUCUCUAUUUA